UGGUGGCUUUUAUUUUAGCUUCUCCGCUGACUGCGGGGAGCGCCGUCGCCGAGAGACAGGGAAUCAUGCCUCGCCGCGACAGUUCACACGCAAGAAAGCGGAAGGCGGAUGAGCUGGAUGACGAUCCGGAGACCCAGGCUGAGCUGAUGUUCGGGCCGGCAGGGACGGAGCUGCCUGUCCUCUCUGAAAUCACCUAUAACGUGAAACAGAAUCUCACAAACAUGACUGAGGUGCUGUCGCUGAACGGCGCGCAGAUCAAGCUGAACGUCAAGCUGUCGGGCAACGACAUCAUCUCCGGCCUCAAAACGUUAUACCGGUCGGGGGUCGUGCCAAAGCCGUACCCCAAGCACAUCCAAAAGAUGGCCUCCCUCGGCAAGUCGGAGGUCAAGGUCAAGGUCAACUGUUCGCCAGAUGUGCCUUCAACGGCUUCCAGUAACGACUAGGGUACAGGUGGGGGUGGGGAGGGAGGGAUGUGGGAGGAACUAAAGGGUGUUGUUCUCAAGUGUUUUGAUUAUGUUUGUAUAUAAAUACAUGUGUCUAGUAGA